CACUAGACUCAAUACUGCUCACACUGGUUUUCUGUUUCGGAUUUUCUUAUCUCCAUUUUCACUUUAAGAGAAACGAAACAAUACGACUACAACACACAAAUCAGCUCUACAGUUGAAGAGUUCAACUCAUUUGAAACGUCUUGGAGGAUCUGUCUUUGUGCAGGAUCGUCAUAAACAUGGUGAAAACACUGAAUGAAUUGUAUGAGCUAAAGGAAACCGGCUUUGGUAUACCAGAUCCCAGACAUGGUCGCAGACUGCUUUGGUGGUUUGCUAAAACCUGUGUUCACAUUGACAGCAACAGCAGAAUGACUGCCCUGUGCAACCCGAAAGCUAGAAAUUCUGGGUUUAAGCGGUUCAAUAACAGAAACGAAGGCAAUUCAGGCAGCCUUUUGCCUUUCAGCCAUAUUCCAUACUAUGAGGUGGGAAAUCUGAAACCUCCGAACUCUCUUCCUGGUUAUGUCAAAGUGAAUUACAAACUCAGAGUAGAUGGCAGCAACAAAGAUCGCAUCAUUGUUUCAUAUGAUAAAAAUCUGAACACAUUUGACAAGAUUUAUGUGACUCAGCAUUUAGGACAUUCAAACUUCUUUGAUCCAAAUCACACCUUCUGCAUAAGCCAGCGUCUCAUUAAGAUUAUUAAAGGCUGUGGAAAUCUAGAAGAAUUUCUUCAAGAAACUGUGGACAACCAGACGCCGGAGCUUUCAGUGCAGUCUGAUUCAUUUAGCGAUGAAGAGACAUCAGACAGUCAACCAUUUAUACGUCCACCGCCAUCACCCCAAUAUCUUAACAGUUACAGAGCUAGACCUAGAGAAGAUCGCUGUUUGGAUUGCUGUUGUAUUUUAUAACUUUUUUUGUUUAAACCUGUCAUUAUUUAUUCAAAAGGUGAAUGGGUGGGGGGUAAACGCAUCAUCUGAAUCAUUAUGUUAUGAUUGGUCCAAUAAACAUUGGGCAUGCUCAGGAAUCUCAGAGCUCUUUAGGAAGAGAGUUCUGAUAACAUAAGUCCAAAAAGCUGUUUUUCCAAUUAUGAAAUGAGUAAACUUUGGUCCACACUCCAAUACAGUAGGUGGCGAUAAUGCACUUUAACGUUGGGACCGCCUGCUAUAAAAAAGAAGAAGUGCAAAAAGCUUGACUGUCACGUGACCGCAUACUGUCACCAGUGUUGGAGUGUUGGGGGUAACGCAUUUCAAGUAACGCGCAUUAUGUAAUAAUAUUACUUUUCUGAAGUAUCGAGUAAAGUAACGCGGUAACUAUUACACAUUAAUAUUAUAGUUACUUUUUAAAAAAAGUAAUGUGAGUUACUUUUCAGUUUAAAUAAUUCAAUUUAAAAUUAAAAUAAUGUACUGAACUAAACUGAACAUAUUAACAUAGAAUUACGCACUGAGCGGGAACAGUUUGAGUUAGAAACGGAGAUGGCAGGGCAGACCUUGACAUUUUUGCGAUCAUAAAAAACACCUGCAACGCCUGAAAGAGAUCAAGCCUCAGCCAAGUAAGAAAAAGUAACGCAAAAGUAACUUAAAAGUAAUGUAAGCAUUACUUUCCAUGAAAAGUAACUAAGUAACGCAAUUAGUUGGAAUAACUUAAUAUUGUAAAAUAUUAAUCCUAAAAGUAACUUUCCCCAACACUGACUGUGACAGCAGGUACUGAGUUCGAUAAAGUACCUACUCAUCGACCAUUAAAACAGAAUGUAGGCUACUAGUUUAAAUAUGGAUAGGAUGAAUGAAUUUGGACGUACUACAUUCACCAUCUUGAUACAUCACGUGACAUACGUCGUCAUAACAACAAGUUAGUCGUUAACUGGAAUGACGUUAAUCAAGUGCAAUUAAAAAACACAAUGUACAGUUGUUUCAGUGGUGGCUGGUGACUUCUCUUCCGAGGGGCGCAAAUUUAUAAAAAAAUAUCUGAACCAUGUGCAUCAUGU